GUAAACAACAAUUAAACGAUGUAAUCUGCCAAUAAAUGAAAGAAGAAGAAGUGUGAAAUCACAAUCUGACAGAAUACUGUGCUUCACGCGCAACGUUUGAUAGCAUGGCAUUUUACGCAGGAAGACUACUCGGCAGUGUGGUGAAGCGUAUAGCAGCCAAUGAGAUUCGAGCAGCAUCUUCAAGAACUGGAGUUGCUCUCGGGGUCUCGAAAACUCUCAUGAACAACUUUUCAACGACCUGCGCUAAGUGGACACCUGCUGUUACGCAAAGUGCACCUCAUUUCAAAGGCACUGCUGUCCACCAUGGCGAGUUUAAAGAGAUCAGCCUAGAUGACUAUAAAGGAAAAUACCUUGUGCUUUUCUUCUACCCCCUAGAUUUCACAUUUGUUUGCCCAACUGAGAUAAUCUCCUUCAGUGACAAGGCCAAUGAGUUCCAUGACAUCAACUGUGAGGUUGUUGGUGUAUCUGUGGAUUCCCAUUUCACUCACCUAGCUUGGAUCAAUACUCCAAGAAAGAGUGGAGGUCUGGGUAACAUCCACAUCCCCCUUCUGUCAGAUCUCAACAAGCAGAUUUCUCAAGACUAUGGAGUCCUUCUAGACGGCCCAGGAAUUGCACUAAGAGGUUUGUUCAUCAUUGAUCCAAAUGGAGUUGUGAGACACAUGAGUGUGAAUGACCUACCUGUGGGGCGCUGUGUUGAGGAAACUCUUCGUCUGGUGAAAGCAUUCCAGUUUGUGGAGACACAUGGUGAAGUUUGCCCUGCCAGCUGGACCCCAGAGUCCCCCACGAUCAAACCAACGCCUCAAGGAUCAAAGGAGUACUUUGAGACUGUCAACUAAUCCAACUUUGUCAACAGACAGUGAUAUCAAAAAUGGUGGUCAUAAAAUGUGAACUGAAAAACCGUGGUCUGGUCCUUUGACAUGAGCUACAAAAAAGAAGUUGAAUAAAGCUUGAAUUUGCAUAGGCUUA